GAUCUGGAGCCCGCGGUUGGUCACCGCCCUUCGCCUUCGAGCCCGAGCUCCGGCGCCGAGCUUGAGGCCGCCCACCUGCCGCCUGUACACACCUUCGCCUCCCGCAGCUGGGCCCGCCGCCCCACACUGAUCGACCGCCAUCUACGUGCCGGGCGCGUUGCCCUGCUUGAGCAGGCUGCACAGCCUGGCGGCCUGCAGCGCAUGCUUAUUGCCCUGCACAGCUUGCACCUGGCCGUCAUCAUGCACCGUCACGCCACUGCUGCUGACGUCACUACACUUCACGUACGACCAGCCGCCGCUGCCACCGCCGCCUCUCAGACGCUCUCAGCGGGAAGCUUAAGGUGGCCGUCCCACCAGUCCGUGGUGUCCCCCCUGGGGCGCGGCAUCGUGCCUAGCACUACCCAGCUGGUGGCCGCGUUGGGACGCAAGGACCUGGGCUUCUGGCACCUCGCAUCGUGUGGAGUCCGGAAGGUGCAGGAGCUCGCUUCGGGCAAGGAGCCGACCACCGCGGUGGUGGACGCAGCGAACGAGCUGCGAGCCAUGCAUGCCUACCAGCGACUGGCAGCGGCGGCGACAGCGGCAACAUCGGCGCUGGAGGCGUCUGCGGCUGCUGGAGGCGGCGGCCCGGGCGGUGCGGCAUCUGCAGCGGCUGCGGCGGCGGCUGCUCGGGUGCCCGAAGAAGCCUGCAAGGCGGUGGUCCGGCGGCUGCACCGCAGCGGAGUGGGGAGCAUGGUGUUCGCGGGUGAUAUGGAGCGCUACCUGCUGCUCGGCUCGCCGGAACAGCGCUCGGUGCUGCUUGCAGGGGACAUGUUCGUGCCGUGCCUGUCCGCGGUGGCCACCGGUGCUGCGCUGCCGGAGCUGCAAGUGGACCGCUGCGGCCGCGUGUCGCUGGAGGAGCAGGUGUCGGCGGGCGCUGUUGCGGGGCUGCACAUCGGCGAGCAGAUGCUGUCAGGCGGCGGCGUCCGCGACGCGAGCAAGCAGGUUGUGCGCUCGGCUACGGCCCUCGCAUGGGCCUACCACGCCCUGCUGCGGACUGGCGCCGAUGGCGACGCAGCGCUGCCGCUGGUGCUGGACCUGCCGGCGUAUCACCGCGUCAAGCGGCUGCCCGGCCACGGCUGCCCGCUGACUGUAUACUUGCACUACUACACGCUCACUGCCAGCGGUGUGAAGCGUUGGGAGCUGUGAGUAGAAGACUGGCCGCUCGCGUUGCUGGCAGUGAGCGUGUAGUAGUGCAAGUAUACAGUCAGCGGGCAGCCGUGGCCGGGCAGCCGCUUGACGCGGUGAUACGCCGGCAGCUGCCUUGGCGCCGGCCGCGAGUGCGAGCGGCCGUCCUUUUGACGUGAUAAUGUGGGCACGCACGUCCAGCACCAGCGGCAGCGCUGCGUCGACAACCACUACCAAGGAACCCCGUAGCACGGGGUUGCUUGGUAGUGGUUGGCGAUGCUGCUAUCGAGGAGGCGUCGCUGGGCGCUCGGGUGUUCUGCGGUCGGAACGUAGCUGGAAAUGUGAUUUAGUAGGUUGUCCGAACGGAAGGGAGGGUAGGCGGCACACAAGUUGCCAUGUAUGAUUUGCGUAGCCGAACUACCAUAACCUCUGCUGCCUGCCCUGGUAUACCUGAAUACUGUACUCUUUGAGGAGAGCUGCGAGACAUUUGUGCAGUGAUGGGGCAUCAAGUGGUGGAUAGAUUGGCGGGUGCAGGCUGCUGGUUUGCUCUGAUAUUUUGGGGUUUGCAAUAUUGCACACGCGUGGAGCCCACGACGGCCCGUGGGUCCGGCGUGUGGAGGGCCUGAGCACGUUAUUGUGUGUAAGGCGGCUACACGGCAGCUUAUGAUGUGCCUGCCUAUAAAGUUGAUUGUAGUUGGGAGGGAGAGCAAACGAGUGCGUCGACGUACGUAUUAGCUUACGAAUUUGACCCGUGUGUCAACGUUAAACUGUCUUUGCGUGUGCAGGCGGGAUGCACUGCUGCACCCCCAGCGAGUGCGGCACAUUGCCGCCGGUGGCUACUGUGGCAUUUUGGCAACAUAUUGACGGUGGAACGACGGCGAAUGACGCUGGCCGGCCCAGCUUGAUUCCUGACACGCUGGGACAGCGGCGUGAGAUGGCACUCCGCCAAUCCGACGCACGCCAGGGGCAUUACUGCGGCCGGCGGUGGCGGAGGUAGCUUAGUGCCUGACAGUCGGGCUGUAAGACUGACAGCGGUGUGAUGUGCAUGCACUUGCAUGCGCGUUGGUGAUCGUUCUGCGUCAACUAAAGUGCCCUCCAUGGGUGCGACAUGCCCCCACGGUUCUAGGGCCAUCCGUGGCUCUCGCCAACGCGGCGUUGCCACACGCUGAAGCAAUGCGUUAAAUUUGCGCCUAGGACAGACGACCACUCAGGACGGUGUAAGAGGGCUAGCGC